AUUGAUUCUGCUUCUUUUAAACAUUACCAAAUAAAAACAAAAUGCUAAGCAUUGUUUGUGUUUCGAGUGCUGCGUGCGCGUAAUAAUAAUUAUACCAAACAUAUCGCGAGAUAAUUGUUUUAUCGUUAAAACCGUAAAUACACACACACACGCAGACACACUGCCCGAAAGUGUAUAAAUUGUAGGAAAACAAGAACAGGAGGCCCCAACGUCGGGCAAGAAUACUAGGCGUGAAUUAGCUAGCUAGCAGCUAGGAGCAGCAAUUAAAUGGCUGAUGGUAAUAGUCAGGCAGCAGGUGCAGCUUCUCGUGCUGUCAACGGUGGCCUCGACGAUAAUAAUCCAAAUCAAGCCGGAGCAUCUGGUGUCACAGCAGCAGCAGGCGCAACAGUAGCAGGAGCAGGAGCAAUAAACGCCAGUGGUUCCUCUUCGUGUAGUACUCCAAGUGGAGGAACCAGCAGCACCAGCAGCGGGAAUGGUAAUCAGGGAUACUAUCAAUUGAGCGUGACAAUUGAGGAGGCCUCGCUGCGUAACAAUGGCUUCCUCAAACCGAAUCCCUAUGUGGAGCUCUUGGUGGACAGCAAGAGCAAGCGCAAAACGGACUUGGUGAAGAACAGCUAUUUGCCCAAAUGGAACGAGGAGUUCACAGUGCUGAUUACGCCCAAUUCGACGCUGCACUUCAAAGUGCUAGACCAUUCGAGUUUUCGCAAAGAUGCGAUGCUCGGGGAGCGUGUCAUUCAUCUGUCGCACAUACUGCAUCAUUAUAACGGGCAAUGCGAGUUCCUCGAACUGACCAUCGAUCUGUUUGUCACCUCCAAGUCGGACAAUCGGCAGACCAAAAGCGGCGAGCUGGUUGCCAUUCUCAAUGGCCUUAAGCUGGACAUGAGCAAGGUAGUCCAGCUACAGCAGAAUGGUGGCGCUGCCGUUCAGACGGUCAAUCCAGUUGUGAGCGAUGCCGCCGCCUCGGGACGUAGCUGUAUGAUCUAUGGAGGAGUACGUGCGCGGAUGCGACUCCGUUCUAACAAUGCGGAGCCGCAGGCGGUCACCCGUUCACCCUUGCCUAAUGGCCUACCCUCGGAACAACGACGCUCGGCCGCCCCGCCCGUUUGGGAGCAACAGCAACAGGUGGCACAGCCUCAGCAGCCGCUGCGCCUGGUCAAUGGCAGUGCAGCGGCUGUGCCGCAAACAGCAUCCUAUCCACAGCAGCCACCACCGCCGGCACCGGUGCAGGUGCAGCAUCGUCCCGUUAGCCAGGCGCAACUGUACGCGAAUGGACCGAUGGAGAAUGGAGCCCAGGCAGCUUACAUGGCGGCGGGUGGAGCACUGGAGCAGCCGGGCUGUGGCGCCGGAAUUCCCGUAGUCAAUGGAACAGAUCAGCAGCUGCAGACUCAACCGGCGGAGGAUGAGCUCUUGCCGGCUGGAUGGGAGAUACGAUUGGAUCAGUAUGGGCGGCGCUAUUACGUCGAUCAUAACACACGCUCCACCUACUGGGAGAAGCCGACGCCUCUGCCGCCCGGCUGGGAGAUUCGCAAGGAUGUGCGCGGCCGCGUCUACUAUGUGGAUCACAAUACGCGAAAGACCACCUGGCAGCGACCAAACAGCGAGCGCCUAAUGCACUUCCAACACUGGCAAGGCCAGCGAGCUCAUGUCGUUGCCCAAGGCAACCAGCGGUUCCUAUAUUCACAGCAGCAGCAACAGCCGACGGCUGUGACGGCGUCCGUGACGCAGGACGACGAAGAUGCGCUCGGCGUCCUACCCGAUGGCUGGGAGAAGAAGGUGCAAUCGGACAAUCGUGUCUACUUUGUGAACCACAAGAAUCGCACCACCCAAUGGGAGGAUCCGCGCACCCAGGGCCAGGAGGUGAGCCUCAUAAAUGAGGGACCGCUGCCGGCUGGCUGGGAAAUACGCUAUACGGCUGCCGGCGAACGCUUCUUCGUCGAUCACAAUACGCGCCGCACAACCUUCGAGGAUCCCCGCCCUGGUGCGCCCAAGGGUGCCAAGGGUGUUUAUGGAGUGCCGCGCGCCUACGAGCGCAGCUUCCGCUGGAAGCUGUCCCAAUUCCGCUACCUGUGCCAGAGCAACGCGCUGCCCUCGCAUAUCAAGAUCACCGUCACACGGCAGACCCUAUUCGAAGACUCGUAUCACCAGAUCAUGCGCCUGCCAGCCUACGAGCUGCGACGUCGCCUGUACAUAAUCUUCCGUGGCGAGGAGGGUCUCGACUACGGCGGCGUCUCGCGCGAGUGGUUCUUCUUGUUAUCGCAUGAGGUGCUCAAUCCCAUGUACUGUCUGUUCGAGUACGCGAACAAGAACAAUUAUAGCCUGCAAAUCAAUCCCGCAUCUUAUGUGAAUCCGGACCAUUUGCAAUAUUUUAAGUUCAUUGGACGAUUUAUUGCCAUGGCACUGUACCAUGGUCGCUUCAUAUACAGUGGCUUCACCAUGCCCUUCUACAAACGCAUGCUGAACAAGAAGCUGACCAUCAAGGACAUUGAAACGAUUGAUCCCGAGUUCUACAACUCGCUUAUCUGGGUGCGUGACAAUAAUAUUGACGAGUGCGGCCUUGAACUGUGGUUCAGCGUCGAUUUCGAAGUGCUUGGCCAGAUAAUACACCAUGAGCUGAAGGAGAAUGGCGAGAAGGAGCGCGUCAUCGAGGAGAAUAAGGAGGAGUACAUUACACUCAUGACCGAAUGGCGCAUGACCCGCGGUAUUGAACAACAAACGAAGACUUUCCUCGAGGGCUUCAACGAAGUUGUGCCUCUGGAGUGGCUCAAGUACUUUGACGAGCGCGAGCUUGAGUUGAUCCUGUGCGGCAUGCAGGACGUGGAUGUCGAAGACUGGCAGCGCAACACAAUAUAUAGGCACUACAAUCGCAACUCCAAGCAGGUCGUCUGGUUCUGGCAGUUUGUACGCGAAACAGACAAUGAGAAGCGGGCUCGUCUGCUGCAGUUUGUGACGGGCACAUGUCGCGUGCCGGUUGGCGGCUUUGCUGAGCUGAUGGGCUCUAAUGGGCCGCAGCGUUUCUGCAUCGAGAAGGUGGGCAAGGAGACGUGGCUGCCACGCUCGCAUACGUGCUUUAAUCGCUUGGACUUGCCGCCGUAUAAGAGCUACGACCAGCUGGUGGAGAAAUUGACCUUUGCCAUUGAGGAGACUGAGGGCUUCUGCCAGGAAUGAGUGGUAGUCGAUUUGUGGUCAGUUUGUUGAUUAAUGUUUAAUUCCAAUUGAACGUCCCGUUGUCGUCCGUUACGUUGAUAGUUACUGUUAUUAUUACAUAGCCUACAUAUAUAUGUAGAUUACAUACAUAUUACAUAUACGUAUGUAUCACGAAUCACAAUUGUGUAGACACUAUAUGUUCAGGUUACCCUUGCUUGUGCGGGACGCAUCCUAUAUUCCUACGUUCGCAUAACCAUCUUACCCAAAAAUUACACACAAUUGUUUCUAUGCAUCUUUGGCUCAAUCUUUGCACUACUUCAUUCAUCAGUUUCGGUCAUACGCUCUAUUCAAGCAUCAAUAAUAAUAAAGUACACCCUCGCACUUACACACAAGAACCGAGCUGUAAACGCUUUGCGUAGUGUUUUUAAAUAAUCGAAAUUUUAACUUGUUAGUCACUCAAACGGUCCACAAAUAAACCAAUUUAAAUAUUGAUAAACAACAGAAACAAAACAAAAAUAACGAAGCAACGUAAGCAAUAAAUAAUGAAGAAUGAAUGUCAAGUUUUAUGUUAUUUUAUAGUUUUAUACAAAGUUGUAAAUAAUUCAAAUUAAAAUACCGUUGUCAUAAAACCAACAACCAUCUUCACCAUAAGUUGAAUAUUCUAAAGUGCAACUGUGAAUGCAAUGCGUAAAUAAAAAGUUUUAAUCUGUUAAGCAAUUGUUUAGCACAUAUGUAGACACAAAAAAAAAAUGACAAAAUUGAACAAGAUAUCAUGAUAACUCUUAACACCGCUAAAGUUAAACAAGUUAUACAAAAUAUUGCAAAUCAAUUGUAACAAGACACUUAAAUCAAUAACUUAUCAUUAAAUUAGCAAUAAUUAUUGUUAACAAUAUAUAGAGCAAACAAAUUGGGCCGUAACUUGGGUAUGUAUGCAAACUAAAGGCAAUCUGAGAACUACUACAUAUAAUGUUAAAUGUGUGUGUAGUUAUGCAAUCGAAAAUUGUGUAGGUGAGGCGUAUAAAGUUUAUAAAUUGUAUGAUUAUAUAUAUACACAAUUAUAUAUUAAAUUAGUUUAAUGCAACGUGUACUGUAUUAUAUAAAAUAAAUGCAAAAUUAUUUAGUGAUAUG